AUGACAUCUACCUUCAGUUCCGGCGUCGCGAAAGGCCAUGCCGAAGUCGCCAGUCGAUCCCAGUCGCCUUCUCCUCUGCGCACUUGCUCAGCACUCCGCCGCUCUACCAUUGUCCUCACAGGCCGCAAACGCCGUAAACGACACCAAGAUGCCGUCGUAAGGGAGGCCGGCAACCUGGAACGAAACAUCGAGUGCCAUGGCCUGCCUUUCCGCAACAUUGAGACUUAUCGCGCAUAUACCCCCGAGCAACCUCAUCUGAGGAGAUAUAACGUACCUGCCGAGGGAGACGAAGUAGCUGGCUGGGGAUUUAGCGCAGCAAAGGACCUCUGGUCGAAGUCAAUAAACCGCACUUCGAGUAGGACGCAGGAGCGAGUUCGGAUACCCACCCCUAACGGCAAUCCCCCCAUAUGCCAUCCCCAGCCCGACACGACAACAGCGUGGUGUUCGAUCGCACGUCAUGCUUCGAGUACGGGUUCUUCGGUCAACGCGGCAUCCGACUACCGCCCGACUCCGACCGAGACGUCAUAUGCCAGCGCAUGUUCAUCGCUAGACGAGAAACCAUCGUCAUUAGACGCGCGGACGGACUCGCGGACAGCGUGCGACGCCCCGGUCAUUGUAUCACCAUUGCCCACACGUCCUUUGGCCCCGAAAGCGCUCGCGUGGGAUGAUUUUACUACAUCUUCGCCUUGGAAUGCAGAAGAAUGCAGCAUAUUUUCUUGCGACAGUCCAGAUUUAUUGUCGUUGUCUGAGGAUGAAGGGGAGUGUGGCUCUACUGGCAACCCGUUCCCCCCGUUACAGAUGAUGAAAGCACCGAGACGCGCCGACCGGUCGGCUGGAGAGAUUUGUCCCAACUUGACCGAAGAGAUCAUGUCGCUGAUGAGCUGUUGGCCCUCCAGAAAACCGAGUACGGCGAGUGGCACCCCAUAUCGAGACGAUGGUAUCCCAUCUACAAGCAGUAUGCCCUCAUGUGACGGAGGAAUCCUCAUGGAACCCUCCGGCACCACAUCGGCCGCGCACUCAGUGUCACUGGGCUACUGUCACAACGGCGUCAGUAGCAACGUUAGCUCCCAGAGCGUCUGGGCUUGCGAACGUAUGACGCCGGCGCCUCCCUCUCACGGUAUAAACGCCAGCCCCCGAGACCUCCAGAGGUCUCCAUCUUCCACCACUCUUCACCACCCAGAAACUCCAGCGACAACCUGUCCUACACCCAUCACCAUCGCAGAGGCAGACCAAACCCAAGAGCCUCUCAACGACAUCCCAGACGAAGGAUCAUCACCGGUGCUCCAUACUCAUCCCACCAUCAUGCAACUCUUCCCUGUACGCGAAACUCCAGCGGAGUCGCACAGCCUGAACGGCAACGACUUUCAUCAAACAACACCAGAGUCCAUCGACCUGGAUAGACGCGAUUCGAUGGAGCCCACCCUGGAAGCUCCCAGCAUUGCCUCCAGCAACUGGAAGGCAACAGCAGCACCGCAACCCAGUCUCCCGCGUGCCAGCAGCUCCUCUGGCCGCUCCGGAUCCAGCAAAUCCGUCUCGAUAAGACGAGCGCUGGUCGAGAUCUAUAGCGUGGAUUCGACCGGCGACCGUGGCGAGAAACUCCAGCGUGCGUACGCAAUGUUGGACUGCGCUAGUGGCGGAGCCGACGGACCGAUGCAAUUCGAGCGUACGGCCAUGGCCUUGGAGGGCUCGCGGUGCGCGCUGAAUGUGAUGAAGAAGCAUGCGCAGGAGAAGCGGAAAGAGAAGGAGGAGAAGAGUCGCACUGGAAUCGUGGGCUCCUUCAAGGCAAUGUUGCGCAAGAGGCGACGAGGUCGGGUGGCGAAGUCCACUUCUUGA